ACGUACGGGUCGCCUAUCGACUGCAAAACAUGCAAUUUUUAAUUUUAAUCAUCACAAAUGGUUACAAGAGAUGCUCAACAUGCAUAAUCCAUAUAUUAAUAUUAAGAUGCUCCCAUGUGAUGUUCAUGUCUUCCUAAUACUCAUUCGCAUAGAUACCAAAAAACCAUGAUAUCCCAUCAAACAAUGCGUCGGCGCCGGCAUCGAAUCUAAAAUUAAAACGACGGCAUUUUCCCAAACCGAAACAGUGACAGUAGUUACUGUGUUAUAGUCCAUCGUAGUUGGUUGUAACUUAUCGAUGAAUGUAAAUGUGAAUAUAGCAGGAAAUUAAUUGUAACAAUUUCGGUGUAUUUUGUUUCUCAAAAGGAAAAGUUGCAUUUUGCUUAUUUUAUUUAUUUAUUUAAAUAAUUUGGGUGUAGUAAACUGUUUGGACAUCAGUUUUCUGAAAUUCAAAAUUAAAAGACAUUGCAAAAGAGAUGCAUCGAACGUACAAUUGGUCUGUUGGGGAAAAACGAAAUAAAUAAAUAAAAAAAAGAGUUUAGUGAAGACUCCACAAGAGCUGCCCCGUUCUGAAUAAAUAAAUAAAAAAAAACAAUGUGGAUGAAUUAAAAAAGCCAGAGAGGUCGGCACAGCAACAACUCAUUGUUUAAAAAUAAUUUAUAUGCAAUUAAGCAAUGGGCGAACGAAAACUCCUUUAUGCAUUUCGCGGAUGGAUUGCAUUUGUGGCAUUUAUGGACUUGGGUACAGCAAUACGUAGUUAUAUAGAAAAACGUAGCUUCCUGGGUGAUCAUUCCGAUACACAGUUUAUUGAAGGUGAUUACACAAUAUCUCGCAUAAUCGGAAUGUACUGCAUAUUAAAAUGUUUAGCAUUAACGCACUGUACAUUGUACAUACAUUACAAACCGGUCGUUAGCAUGGGUGGAUGUUCGUUAGCUUUAACAAUGGUGCUGUAUCUCACGGAGGCCUUGUAUUUCCGGUCCAGUACAUUAACGUUUUAUGUCAUUUUUCCUUGUGUACUUAAUUCAAUCACAUUGGUUGGCCUUAUUUAUAUACCCAAACGACUGCGAUUAUGGGAUCCACAUAUCGAUUUGGAGGAUGAAAAUUCCCAAUUACUGAAACAAAUUGGCGGUUUCAAAAAGAGACGGUCUAAGAAGCUGUCAUAAAAUAUUUGUUAAAGUAAUUGUAUUUCCACGAAGUGAUUCUUUGUUUGUUCAAAGUAUUUACCAUGUUCUGAAGUAUCCAAGCGCGUAGACGUUAAUUGUGAUUCUAUAAAAAUAUCUUCAUAGUGUAAUUAUGUGUCGUCGCAUUGACAAUUUUCAAUUAUAAAUAUUCGAACUUACAUAUGUUCUGAAUAUAAAGGUUCAAAAUUAAACGUUCAAAUUGAAUACAUUCAAAUUAAUAAGCUUUGCGAUGUUUUUUUUUGCUCACCAAAUUACAGCUUAUUAAUUUGAAUGCUUUUUUUUGUGGCAUUUCGAAAAAUAAACAAUGCCACCACAAAUGCAAAAAAAAAUUGCAUAGUCAUCUUCAGGGCCGUUUCAAAUGCCAUCCACGUUAAAAAAAAAAAAAUGAAUGAAUUAACGAAACAUUUAACGAAAC